AAAACCCCUCCACUACUAUCCCUCUCUUCCUCUCUUCUUUCCCCUUCCAAUGGAGUCCUGCAGCUUCCGCCCCGCCACGGCGCCUUCCCCUUUCCCCUCCGCGCCUUCCUCAUCGUCUUCAUCCCCGCGCGCCUCGUGCCCCCAUCUCCGGUUUCCUAGACCAAGAAACGGGAGACAGAUUCGGGUGCGGAGGAGGGCGUCCGGAUUUGAUGCCUUCCCGCCCCUCCCCGGCAAGGUCUUUGUUGAUGAGGCAAUUGGAGCUGAAUAUGGGGAGGGCUUUGAAACAUUUCGGAUGGAUGGACCACUCAAGGUUGAUGUGGAUUAUCUGAAUGAAAAAUUGCAAGAAUGCUUUCUUCAAAGGAUAAGGCAUGCCAUGAAGCCAGAUGAGGCGUUUGGUCUAAUUUUUUCGUGGGAUAAUGUUAUUGCUGAUACAGACUCGCUAAAGUUGGAUGCUUGGAGACAGCUUGCUUUGGAGGAAGGGAAGGAUAUCCCAAGUGCAGCUCAUGUCCGAAAGAGUAUUCUUCAUGGUGCUGCUGACCAUGUUCUUAGAAAGGUUUUGUAUUGGGCGAAAGGAGAAGAUAAAAUGGAGAAACUUAAGGCACGCCUUAUAGAGUUAUACUACGAAAACCUGUUCAAACUGGAUACACCCAUAGAAGGGUUGAGAGAAUGGUUGGAUGCCGUUCAGACAGCAGGGAUACCUUGUGCUGUCGUAUCAUCCCUUGACAGGAGAUGCAUGAUCAAAGCUUUGGAUCGGAUGGCGCUAAGCAAAUACUUCAAGGCAAUUGUGACUGACGAAGAUGAUAUGGAGUCGAUAGCAAAUAGGUUUCUGUCAGCUGCUAUGAAGUUGGAUCGUAAACCCUCGAAGUGUGUGGUGUUUGAGGAUGAUCCGAGAGGUGUCACCGCUGCUCACAACUGUACCAUGAUGGCAGUCGCACUGAUUGGUGCUCAUCCAGCGUAUGAGCUGGUACAGGCCGACCUUGCGAUCGCAAAGUACAGCGAGCUCUCGGUGAUCAACCUCAGAAGGCUGUUUGCAAACAAGGGGAUAAGCUUCAUGGACCUGCAGAAACAGAUAAUCGAGAAGGCUCCUCCCAAGAGGAGGCUGACAGUAGACACCAUCUUCUGAUUGAUUGUUACUCCUUUGGCUGCUGCCCGUGAUUGUUCCGUGCCAUGGCCAGCCCAGUCGUUUUGGUCCGUGCCGUUGUAUAUAAAGAUAGCGCUGAUCUAGGUUAUCCGCCCUGUACCCCUUGUUAGCCUGAAUGUAGUAAUUGUAUCGAGGUAACAUGCAUGAAGAGAACUGCUGCAACAAUGCUGAUGUUGUUGCAAGCUGACAUUUGUCCACUGUAUUCGUUAUCCAUAUCUUCUACAGCAUGGAAAAUGGACAUGGCGAAAGGAUACGCAUUUUAUUGAUAA